AUGGAAAUCAACAUUCAGAAUCCACCAUUGUGGAAAUGGAAGGGAUUAAAGCUCACCUCCAACUCAUCCGCUGCUGAUUUCAUCGAUGAAAACGUCCCUCGAAAGGAAGAAUUCAUCCUGGGUCCGGGAGCCGGAGCCGGGGUCGGAUGCGGCGUUGGAGUGGGGCUAGGAUUGGUCGCCGGCGCGGGAUUUGGGGGUUCGACGUGGAAUCAAGCAAGGAUUACGUUUGGACUUGGGGUUGGAUGUGGGGUUGGAGUAGGGUUUGGAUUCGGACAAGGAUUCGGGUUCGGAUCUAGUUUUCAGACCCUGAAAUCCCGGAUAGUGAAAUAG